CUUGGAGCGAGAGCCUCGAGUCGGGAAUGAUGGAAAUAUCCAGACGUAUCGUGUCUCUUCUGUUGCUGCUGGCAUCAGUGGCAGCUGCUGCCAGUCCCAAAAGAAAGACUGAUCACGGCCGCCACCAUUCGGGAGAAAUGGGUGGUUAUUAUGGAGGACAAUAUGGAGGAGGAGGCGGAUAUUAUGGAGGAGGAGGCGGAUAUCAUGGAGGAGGAGGCGGAUAUCAUGGAGGAGGAGGCGGAUAUUAUGGAGGCGGAGGACAUCAUGGAGAAAGUGGAGAAGUUUUUGGAGGAGGUGGAGGAAGUGGAGAACAAUAUGGUGGAGGUGGAGGAAGUGGAGAACAUUAUGGAGGAGGUGGAGGAUAUUAUGGAGGAGGCGGAUUUCCAUAUCCUUUCCCUUUCCCUUUCCCAUUCCCUCCUUUUCCAGAAAAAGAUUCACCUACCACCACGCCUCAGCCUUCCACCACAUCUGAGCCUUCUACCACAGCAUGUCCUACUCCUGGGACUUGCUUAAUGUUCUCAGAAUGUGAAGAGGGGCAGGAGUGCUGUGACCUCGUUGUUGGAACCGAAGAGUUUUACGAGUGUUGUAACUUGCAUGGUUGCUGCCCAAUGUGCCCCUGUCCAACCUGUGCCAGCACUAGAAAAUGUAAGAAGCAGAAGGGCGUCUGUAAAAUAACUAGCGAUUGCGAUGACGAUGAGGUGGAGAUCAGGAGAGGCUGCAGAGGAACAGGUUGCAAAUGCUGCGCCAAAGCGGAAGUUGUUCCGGACUGCGAAGGAGCGCUUGCAUGCUGUGGGAUUGAGCCAGGGACUGGAGACUUCUUCGAGUGUGUCAAAGACUACCACUGCGUCCCUAUCUGCCCUCCAACAGGAUGUUGUUAUGGCAACACCACAGUGGACUUCGGUGCGGUGAUCGCAGACUAUCCGGAAAAGUGCUUGAAGCUCACUUGCCAGAUGCAGAACAUAACUGAAGCACCCUAUAUCGCGGGCGCUAUAGUGGAGGAUUCCGUGGACAACUGCAGCUGCUGCAGCCUGGGUGGUGAGCUGUAUGAGAACGGCCACCUGCUUACUGACGACGACCACUGUAUAGCUGUGAGAUGCGUGGAUGGCCAAUGGACCAAUGAGAACUACAUGAACGGCGAUUGCCGGUCCUGCUUUGUGCAGGAUCCUCUGGAGACAGUCGCUACGUUUGACGGCACAGCAUAUACCCACUCCGACCCUGAUUGCAGGUUUGCACAUUUGAUCCGUUUCCAAGUGGUCCUGAACACUUGA